CUCAUAGUCAGUUUGGGGGUCAGAGCUCGACGUAUCCUGGAGUCCUGAUUGGUUAACUUUUUUCUUAGGGUAUAUUAAAACUCGAGCAUAUUCAAAAGACUCUGGUCGCAGUCCUGGAAGGCUGCACGCCAGAAAUUAUAAAUUGUCCUAGGAACCCGUUGUUGCAGGCGGUAACGCUUGCUAGCUCGGCUCUUCCUAGUUAAAAAGAAGCCGUUUCGGCUUCUUACCCAAAGAAAGCAACCAAUUCCACCUAUUUAUUAGUUUGGAUGGUUUAACAGUUUUACGUGUGGGAAGGGACUAUAGAUUGGCGUAACCAUGCGCCUUCAGGAGUGUGUCUGUGUAGUGGUACUUCUGGUUGUUACAGUCGCAGCCGCCCCGGAGAAAGAUCGAGGGUGCACAUAUCUAGGAAUUCAGUACGAGAACGGAGCAGUAUGGCUGCCAAAUAAUGAGGACAAAUGUUUUGAAUGUCUUUGCGACAAUGGCGAGGCUCUCUGUUCCUUCCUUGCCGACUGUGACGGUUACGCCUCCGCCCUCACCGCAGAGGAGAAAAAGAUGAGGGUCAUGGCUGCCGUCACCGGACUGCCUGGUGAGGAUGGAGAACGAGGCCCACAAGGUCCAAAGGGAGAGGCUGGAGAUUCCGGUCCUGAUGGAACUAAUGGUGUCCCCGGACCCCCUGGCUCCCCAGGACAGAGCGAGAUGUCAGCUGACCAGGCUUACCGCCGUUACUACGCCAGCAGGUUCUCCAACAAAGCUGGUGGCGGAGCUGCCUACGGACCUCAGUAUCUUCAAGCUCAAGUUGGACCCAUUGGACCACGUGGAUUGAGUGGAUCUCCAGGACCACCCGGACCCCAAGGAGGCCGUGGAAUCAGAGGUGAAUCUGGAGACAGCGGACCACAAGGAGCCCCCGGAAGUCGUGGACAGCCUGGACCACCUGGACCAAGCGGACCUGAGGGUGACAGUGGACGUAAUGGUGAAGCAGGAGCUCCUGGUGUCCCUGGCGCUAGGGGACCACCUGGCCCAUCUGGCAUGCCUGGACUUCCUGGUGGAAAGGGACACAGAGGUUUCUCUGGCUUCCCUGGAAAACGCGGAGAGCAGGGUAUUUCAGGAGAGACUGGUGCCGUCGGUGCCCCAGGCCCAUCCGGAGCUCCUGGUCCAGUUGGCCCCCGUGGUCAGUCUGGCGAGAGGGGUCAGGAUGGUUCUUCUGGACCUUCAGGUCUUCGUGGUGUUGAUGGCCUGCCUGGACAACCUGGAUCCCCAGGAGCUAUGGGAGGAUCCGGACCUCCCGGAUCUCCAGGAAUGAUUGGAGCUAAGGGUGACGCUGGUGCUAAGGGACCCAAGGGAGGAGUUGGACCCCAGGGUCCUCGUGGAGAGAACGGUAUGCCUGGAGCUGACGGAGAGGAUGGACUGAACGGACCUCCAGGACAAUCAGGAAGCGAUGGCGAGAAGGGUACUGGUGGUGAUCCAGGAGCAGCCGGAUCUCCAGGAUUCCCUGGACCCCGUGGACCCCCCGGACUCUUGGGAAGCCCCGGAUUGCCUGGUCUUAAGGGCGCUGCUGGAUCCCCCGGUCAAGGUGGAUACAAAGGCGAACAAGGUCUGAAGGGUUCCCCAGGUACCCCUGGCGACAGAGGACAACCCGGACCCCCUGGAACCCAGGGAAGACGGGGUGGCCGU